CUUCAGCAGCUCUGAGAGGAAAACAGCCGCCUCAUAAACAAAGCUUCAACUUUCGGGCCACGCAGCUAUCUCAGCUCCGUCAUGACAGAGCGUUUUAACUGCUUCUACUGCAGAGAUGAUCUGCAUGGCAAGAAGUAUAUCCAGAAGGACGAGAAGCACGUGUGCGUGCGCUGCUUUGAUAAGCUGUGUGCCAACACGUGUGCAGAAUGCCGUAAGCCUAUCGGCGUUGAUGCUAAGGAGCUGACCCACAAGAACCGCCACUGGCAUGAGGGCUGCUUCCGCUGUGCCAAGUGCUAUGCACCACUGGCCAAUGAACCUUUUGCAGCUAGAGAUGAUGGCAAGGUCAUGUGCGGGAAGUGCGGUGCUCACGAGGACUCUCCUCGCUGCCAGGGCUGCUACAAAGUUAUUAUGCCUGGGUCUCAAAAUGUGGAGUAUAAGCAUAAAGUGUGGCAUGAGGAGUGCUUCCUUUGCGCCGAGUGCAAGCAGCCAAUCCGCUCUCAGAGUUUCCUGACCAAAGGAGAAGAUUUCUUUUGCGGUGCUUGCCAUGAGAAGAAGUUUGCCAAGAACUGUGCCGGCUGCAAGGAGCCCAUUACCACCGGUGGGUUGACCUAUCAGGAUAAGCCUUGGCACUCUGAAUGCUUUGUGUGCAACACCUGCAAGAAGCAACUGUCUGGAGCCCGCUUUACUGCUCAUGAGGAUACAUUUUACUGUGUGGAUUGCUACAAGACCUCUGUGGCCAAGAAGUGCUCUGGAUGCCAGAAUCCUAUCACAGGUUUUGGCAAAGGUACCAGUGUGGUGAACUAUGAGAACAGCACAUGGCACGAGUACUGCUUUAACUGUAAGAAGUGCUCUCUGUCUCUGGCCCACAAGCGCUUUGUCAUGCAUGAAAGCAACAUCUACUGCCCCGACUGUGCCAAAAAGCUGUGAGGCUCACAGAUGAUCUAUUUUAUUUCAAAAAGCAGUCUACUUAACAAGCAGUUAGUAAUAGUAGAGAAUUAAAGGAAACAACUUUGACAGGCUGCAAAAGAGAGGUUAGGAAUUAAAAGUGGAUGCUUCAUUAUUGAUCACAUCAGAAUGGUUGUGAUUUUACAAUUAAAUAGUGGAUCAGACAGAUUAAAUAUUAAAUGGCUAAUAGAAUUGCGUUUACUAACAAGGUGCAUCUUGUAGGUUAAAAAGUCAGAGAAUGGUGUGCAUUUAGAAUCAGACAUAUAUAAUCAGUUAUAAGCAAUAUGUAUGAAGGCCUGUGGUGAUCUGCAAUGCUCAUGUAACAGGUUAAGUCUUUUUAUAGGUAAUAAAUAUCCAGAUAGUAAUAUUUUCAGAGCUCUGCAGUGAUCUAAUACAUUUAUCUAAUUUAGUAUAUUAUAAAGAGGGCUGCAUGGUGGCCUAGCAGUUCCAGGUAACAAAGUCCUGGGUUCAGUUUUGAUCCUUCAAUUACUGUUUGAUUGGACUUUAGCAUGUUUUCCCCCCACUAUCUGUGUGCAGCUGAUACAGCAUCAAUUAUAAUUUGCAUAGUAUCCAUUUAACAGAUUCUGUGGUGCACUAAUAAAACCACAGCAUUUCUGAAAAAAUAUUGGGUGCAAAGAGGAAACGCAUCUUCGACAGAGCAAUCAAGUGCAUAGCAUUAACCACUCUUCCAUUUAUUUACAGCUGGGCUAAUUAAUAGAAGUGUUAAUCAUUUUAUUAUUCUCAUUUCCUAACACAGUGAAUACCAAGAAGAUGCGGCUAAAUUUAGCACGUGUGCACAUUUAUUAUCUAUUAAUUGAUGCCUCAUAUGUAAUCCCUUUAAAAAAAAGUGUGUCACCAAACAAUAUAAAUAGUUCUGGAUUUAGGAACAUUACACUAGGCCAGGCCAGGCUGUAUCAUCCUGAAAUCUUUAAAGGAAUGCCGUUUUAGCUGUUUUGCUUACUUUACAUAUUUCUCUCUCUCUCUCUCUCACACAUUAUCCUUUAUGAGGUGUGGCACAUACAUGUAACAUGUAAUGCUUAGCAUGCAGCAAUAUAAGUAUACACUUUAUUUAUGGUAUUUCAAGUAAAGAAACAGAAUGAGUGAAAAUAAACUUUCAAACCACAACCA